AUGAUAGAAGCACCAAACUAUUCAUGUAUUAACAACAGUAGUGGCAAUGUUACAUUUGCAUUGUCUUGGUCAUCUCAUUCGGCAUGGAAUCCAACAUUGAACUGUACUUUACAACAAUGUCUUAUAAUUUUUAAUAAUAACAGUAGCUGUCGUUCAUCAUCAACACCAUGUUUUGACUAUCGUACAUAUACUGAUGAUAGAUAUUGUGCGCCAGGUAUUAUGUGUUCAUUACUAGAGCCAUGCAAUAAUGUUACAUAUGCAUGUACAUCGAAAUCUUCCGUUUGUGCGAUUAACACGUGUUGUUCACCACGAUCAGUAUGUUUGCCAUUAUCAUGGACAGAUCUCUGUAAAUCAGUUACGAAUCGUACUCGUUACACUGCUUGCCGAUCUGGCAAUUAUGACGUUGUAUCAACCUGGUGUAGUGAUGAUAUUCCCAAUCCAUCUGCGAUUGUUGUUAUUCCAGCACCAUUUACAGUAAUUAGUCCUGCUCGUAGUGAGCCAGAAUUUGCUCGUCUUGAUAUUUAUGGAAUAUUUCAAGUGCAUGUUGAAGCUAAAUUUCCACCGCUUCAUCCAUUUACAAUCUAUAUUUUCAACGAUGGUAUUUUAACUGAUAUGGGAAUAUCAAAUCAAAGAAAUAAAACUGACUGGAUUUUUCCAUCAAAUUCAAUUUUGUUCAUUCAUAUUAGGGGACGUAUUAAUACUACUUUACCUAUCAGUAUUUGUAAUAGUAAUUCAUCGAAUUGUACAAAACCAUUCAAUCAAACUAAAGGUUCAUUAACAGUUGCCAAUACUCUUCUUGGAAAAAUUAUGUUAUAUGACGGCAUUACUUUUAUUGCUGUUAAAACAGGUGCAUUUAUGACCGCUGAUACAUGGUGUGGUGGUCAGGUACCAGUGAUCGAUUUUUGCGACAGAGGUCAAAUAUGUAAUUUAAUAAUUUCUCCAGGUGUUAAAAUGACAGUCAGCAAUAUGUCUCUCAGUAUCUUUCAGAUGCUUCAAGUCGAUGGCUCUAUAGAUUGGAUCACACAAUAA